AUGUCCCUUGGAGCUGUGCUUGAUCACUUUGCCAGUCGUCCUCAGCAACAUCCCAUUGCACUCAACACAUUCUUCUUCAAGCCCGCCAAGGGCGGUGCAUUCGUCGUCGAGAUUCGAGAGCUCAAGCCGAGCAAGUUUGGCUAUUGUGUGCUUGAAGUGACUCUUCAACAACCGAAGGACCUUACUGCACCUGUACCCACCCAUGUGAACGAGUAUGAUCCUACCAGCUAUGUGAAAAAGACGCACACGAUCUUGACGAUGGGCAACAUGGAAAAGGAAAAGGGCACCAACUAUAUCCACACACCCUUGGCUGCUAAACCACCUUCGUUUGAUGCCAUGGAGCCCAAUCAAGCCGAUUUCAUGUCCGAGUUUAUCGAUAUGCAUCAAGAUAUGAGCACCUAUCCACAAGGUGAUAAGCCUGGUAUUCCCGAAGUUCAUCAUUGUGUCGGUUUCAGUGAUGGUCGUCCUAUCGAUUUCAAGAGUCUCGCUUUUUGGUCUGACAUGUUCAUUCAUCCCAAUUAUUCCCUCGACAAAACGAUCUUGGGUGGUCCUCGUUGGUGUCCCACCAUGCAAUUGGAAAUCCAAUUCAAGAGCGUGCCAAGAAAUGUCAACAAGGUGCUGGCUAGCUUUGCUGUACCCCAUAUCAUCAAUAACCGCUUUGAUCUCGAUGGUGCUUUAUUCGAUCAACAAGGUAACUUGUUGGCCAUCACCAGACAUCAAUGCUUGCUCGUACCUUGGGAACGCAACACACCAUCAUCCGCUGCCACCAAAAACAAGUUGUAG